AGAGCUGGGGAAUGCAGCGUGAAAAUAUAACCUUCGUCACCCAAGGAACGAUAGGCUUAACCAUGGAAUGAGUCUAAGCAAGGCAGAAAGUAGAGAAGUGACCACUGUUUUGAAACUUUAUGAGUCAGGGUGGGGCUGGGAGUACCCCUACUUGACAGCUGGACAAUGUCUCAGCUCAGAGAUGAAGUCACUUGUCCGUUGUCGCAGGGCUGGGAUCUGCAGGUGGUGAUGUGGGAUGCCAGUCCAAGUCUGGCUGUCUUCAAAGCCCUCGUGGUGCAAAAUUAACACUAUGCCGUGUCUCUGGGGGAAUGCCAUUUACUGUUUCAGCAUUGCUGGGAAGGGAGGGAGGAUGCUCUUCAGAAAUGUCUUUGGUAAACCCAAGGGCAGACUGCAACUCCACCCACCACUGUGGCCUGCCAGGCUCAUAGCUCCCUGCAAGCAGGAAGCUCUUUAGAAAGAAAGAUCAUCUUUUAAGUGGCAGGAACCCUAGCCCAGCCCCAGGCAAACUGACAGCAUUGGAAGGGCAUGGGUGACAAUAACGUCUUUGGAUUCCUGCCAGAGGAAGGCAGGAAUGUUCAUAUUUCGCCUAUGAAAACCAGGGUCUGGCCUCCCCUCCACCCUGAUACUUAUCACUGGGUGCAGCCGCCCAGGGGUGGAGAGCUCAGCCUGGUGUUUCCCAGGGUCCUCUUAUCCAGUGGGACCUCCCAGAUCAGCCAAUCAAAUGCCCUGUCCCCCACCCUGUCACUCACUCGAUUUUAUAAAAGAAAUCGUUCAGAGAAGAACGAAGUAUUUUUCCAUGAGCCAAAGGUCUCUGCCAAGGUAAGAUAAUGUGGCAGGCGGAGGCCACCGUGCAGACUCUGACAGGCAGCCCUGGGCGAUAAGCACAGCCUCCAGCCGGGACCCGAGCACGCCCAGGCCCACUGGGGCCCCGGAAGCUAGCUGCAGCCCCCAGACCCUGCACGCCGUCCCCUCCAUCCCACUGUGAGAGCAGACCCCGAGAAGGGGGGGACUCCUUGCCUGCCUCUGAUGUCCUUUUGCCGUUAUGUGUUAUGUCAAAGUCAUGAAAUGGCAUUUCUUGACUAUUUUAUCAUCUCACUUUUUGGGAGAGGAUGAUCCUUCUCUGUAAUUUUGGUGACACUCUGAGAAUCUCAUUUAAGUGGUGUCUGUGUCUCCUGACACGAGCAGGAAAGAUCUGAGGGGGACAGGCAGCCUUACCAGGGGCAGUUCCUGAAGUGCUGGCCCCAGGCCGGGGUCUGGGGUGUUAGCAGGUUGUUACGGUUCAUUCCUGUGUUCAGGAUUUUUAUUGAAGUGCUUGCAAUUUAGAUUUUGCUGUAUUUAAACACUCUAGUAGUAUAAGAUCAUAUAAAUGUAGGCUUCAUGAGAAGCAGGGGCACAUUUCAGUCUGUCCCCUGUCUAAACACAGUUCACUAAUUGGUAGAGUCCAAAUUAAAGAGGUUUUUUCAUAGGGCCAAAUAUUUCGCUCUUUGGGGAUCAAUUAGCCAGCCUCCUUAUUUUGCUUCAUCUGUUAUUUUCCCAGUAGUCACCAGUACCCUGGGCACUCUGCUUGGGCAAAGAAGCGUGUUUAACUCUUUACACACUUCUCCUUCCCUUUACAUGGCCUCUGUCCCAUACGCACGGUAACGGCUGUUUAUUAACCACUUACUGUGCAGUAUUUAACCCGCACAUUGAGCACCUGAGGUGUGCACAGGUAAGGAUCCGAGGCUCAGAAGCUGCGUCACUCGUCCAGGGUCUCGCAGCUGGCUGGCGGCAGAGCCAGGCCACUCUGUUCCCGUUGCCGAUCCGAAACACGUCACCCUGUGCUUCCAGGACUCCGACUGCUGCACACGUCUGCCUGCCCUCCCAAGGGGCACGGCGUGCGUGCUGACUGGGCAGCCCUUCGACACGAUGAAGGUGAAGAUGCAGACGUUCCCUGACCUGUACAGGGGGCUCACGGACUGCUGCCUCAAGACCUACUCCCAGGUGGGCUUCCGGGGCUUCUACAAGGGGACCAGCCCCGCGCUGAUCGCCAACAUCGCCGAGAACUCCGUCCUCUUCAUGUGCUACGGCUUCUGCCAGCAGGUCGUGAGGAAGGCGGCUGGGCUGGACAGGCAGGCGAAGCUGAGUGACCUGCAGAAUGCCACCGCCGGCUCCUUCGCCUCUGCCUUCGCCGCGCUGGUGCUCUGCCCCACUGAGCUCGUGAAGUGCCGCCUGCAGGCCAUGUACGAGAUGGAGACGUCGGGAAAGAUCGCCAAAAGCCAUAAUACAGUAGGGUCUGUCGUGAAGAGCAUCCUCACAAAGGAUGGCCCCUUGGGCUUCUACCACGGCCUCUCCAGCACUUUACUUCGAGAAGUACCAGGCUAUUUCUGCUUCUUCGGAGGCUAUGAAUUGAGCCGGUCGUUUUUUGCAUCGGGAACAUCAAAAGAUGAACUAGGCCCUGUUCCUUUGAUGUUAAGUGGAGGAGUUGGUGGAAUUUGCCUCUGGCUGGUGGUUUACCCGGUGGAUUGUAUCAAAUCCAGAAUUCAGGUUCUUUCCAUGGCUGGAAAACAGGCAGGGUUUCUCGGAACCUUUGUGAGUGUCGUGAGAAAUGAAGGAAUGAAAGCUCUAUAUUCUGGACUGAAGCCAACCAUGAUCCGCGCAUUCCCUGCCAACGGAGCUCUGUUUUUGGCCUAUGAAUACAGCAGGAAGUUGAUGAUGAGCCAGUUUGAAGCAUGCUGAAGUGUCUUGGUGAAGCUGGCUCCAAGGACACACGUUUAGGGACUACAGUUCAUCUCAGGGUUUCAUGGAGUUCAAGACCAAUGUGCAAUUAUUUUGGCUUCACAGGAAUUUUGUUUUUGUCUUCUAAAUCUUAAACUUUAUGGAAGGACUUUUAAUUUACAUCAUAUAAUUUCUGCCCAUAAUUUUACUGAAAUAGAAAAGCUGCUGCUUUUGUCCUUGGUGGAAUAUACAGGCUGAGCCAGUGGCCCUAACUAUCUUCUCUGAAAGGUCAAAUGUAGGCGUAUCAGGGCUUUUGAUAAACCUGUAGAUGUAUAUGUAGUUUGGUUUUGUGUUGCAUGAAACACACAGUUUGGUUCCAUGUUUAACCUCAGAUGUCACAGAAGAACCCAGCAUUGACCAUGUUCUGUGAAGAUGGUUAUAAAUGAUUGCUUAACCCAUUUAAGAUGUAGGGUCUCUUUUAAAGUCUGCUUAACAUGUGCACUGUAUAAAGUUUAAAAAAAGUUUUUAUGUGGAGCUUGAGAAUCAAAAUAUUCAUCUAGAUUUUUACGAGGGAAAUAUACUUGCACACUGGUGUGGCUUCCAUAUUCUUGAGUUGAAGUUUUGGGGUAGGCAUCCUGGAUUUUCCCAGGGUGCUCCGCUCCUACCUGAAAUGGUGCCAAUUCAGUUCCUAAGCGGGAUUGUAUUCCUCACUCUGGCCGUAUCGUUGGGUGUGGCCUUUGGGAAGCAGCAGGGCCUUCUCCUCUGUCAAUGUCCCCUCUUCUCUCUCCAAAAGAACUUCUGCUCUGCUGGGCAUCGGAUUGAGGCCGGAGCUGAGGGGAAGGGGCCGUGCUGCCAAGCUGGGAUGGAGACCCAGUGGCUGACAGCGGCUCUCUGCUUCUGGUUUCUGGGUCCUGGCCUGGAGAGGAUUCCUGUCGGCCCACCUAGGAGCUGCUGAGCCACCUUGGACCACUCACUGUCCGCGCUGCCUCCACCAAUCGGAAACCCUUCCAGGGAACGCAGGGUGCCAGAACCUUCCGGAGAAGCCUUGGUCCCCUUUUAGUUGUGGAGUGACAGACAGUACUCGUGGGUGAAGUCCUCUCCUCUCCGAAAGGACUAAAUAGAACUUAGCCCUUGUGCCAGGUGGUGAGUCAUGUCAGGGUUAGCCCAUCCUGAAACUUACCUGGAGGUCCUUAACUCUUUGCUAUGCUGGAGCCUUCUAAAAUUGGGUACUGGAAGUCAAUGAGUUUUAAUGGUGAUUUUAUACAAGGUGAGACUUUAUAAAGUAAUGAAACAUAAGAAAAGCCAUUUUCUUCAACUUUCCCGUAUGUCUGUGUAUGUGCACCAGCACAAGAACCCCACAGUUCAUCUGGUCCUUGCAGACUUGGAGAUGGGUAGCUGUUCUUUGGCCAUAGGGUGUAAGAAGGUUAUUCUUUUCACCACUAAAGUAAGCCUCAUCAUUCCAUGCUGCUCCAAGACCAGCAGGGUCUCUCUCAUUGAAAAGUGUUCUUAAAAGCUGGUACUGCUGAAGGCAGGCCAACGAUGUUAGUAAUAGCCAUAGCCUCUGUAUCUAUCAGUGUCAGCUUGUCUCAGAGCCCGUUUCCCUAAACUUUUUGCCCUCCGUGAGGCCUCUGUGGUAGCCUCAGCCACAGUGACAGAAGCAAGAGGGUCAGGGACGUGAGCUGCUGCGGACACACAGACAUCCCGGAGAGGCUGCUCAGCCUGGUGCCUGAAGUGCUCCAGAGCUGUAGGCUGCCCUUCCGUUUGCUUUCUCUUAACAGAGAACAGUUUUCUACUUUACUUUGUUUCCAUACUCAAGCUUCAUCUGAGCCGAAUGGAUUAAAACUGUAGAAAACAGACUGGCUCCCAGCAGGAAGUGGGCGGCUCUGUGUCCACAGUGCCUGCCCAGGCGGGCAGCCAGUCUCGGCCUGUUGUCAGCAGAACUUUGGCUCCCACGUUGCCUGUUAAAGAUUUAACUGGGUGUCUUGAAAUAAUUUCAGGUGUGUGAGAGUGAGUGGGAGAGGGGAAUGAGUGGAAGGGAUUUAAGUCAGAAUUUUUUUCAUUCAGUUUGCUUAAUUCAUGUUUAAUAUUGGAGUACAAUUUGUACCAUUUCAGAUCUGUGCUUCAAACAAAAAGUACGGUCACUUGAAAGAUUGUGUUUAAAGGAAUUUGGGCAUUCAUUAAAUAUUUACCUAAUUGAG